GGAAAGUUUUGCUCUUUUUCAUUCUGGACACGCGAAUGUGCGGCUCCGGCUGUUUACAAGUCUGUGUCCUCUUGGUUGAUUUUUCAGUUUAUUGGAAGAAUUUGUGCGGAUAGAACGCAGAAUCAGUUCGGACGGGGUACAGAAUUGGACUUGAAGCGCUAUCAAGCAUGACGUCACCGUUUUCGAGGUUAAUUUCGGUGCUUUUCGUGUUUUGUGCGAUUUGUCACCAAUGCAGCGCACUUCCAGUACCAGAGGACUCUAAACACGUGGUCCGAAGGCGUGCCACCACCGGAUCUGGAUCAGUCGCAGCGUUUAUCGAGAGUGGACGGAUGGUCAACGAUUACGUGUGGGUUGAUGUGACGACGAAGAAGUUUGUGCCCUUGCCGGGAAAUGAUCUGGAGUUUGGGGAUUGUGUGGACGAUUCGGACGACGAGCUGAUCUAUUUUGACAAUACGGUUAUUGAGAAUUCCGGACCGAGCACGCUGAACGGGACACUUGAGAUCUACAUCGACGCACCGUUGAACAUAACCUGCGUGCGGGUGAUUGACCAGAUCCGGGACGGUACCGGUGGCGUGCCGUCCUUCAACUCGUUGGGCACCAACUGGGCAAAGAUCGACGUGGCCGGCCAGUACGGCAAGGGCUUCCACUUUCACAUCUACGUGUACGGCAUCCGGGUGAAGCGAAUCAACCCUGACAAGGACAAGGAGCGCGACCAAUCGAAGGACAGUCAGUCGAACCUGGUUUAAAGGGCGGGUUUGGUGGAUUUGCGGGAGGGACGCGGUAUUGCUUUAGAACUGUACAAAUGAAUGUCGAAUAAUAAUAGCUGUUAAUUUUA